UGGAGGUGUUACUGAUCCACAGCUGGAACCAGGAGGAAGGAGGUGCUAGUGACCCAUAUCAGCUGUUGCCUGUUGAUGAGGAUGGAACGGUACCAGUAAAUUAAAUAUGUCUUAAUCUCCCUCUGAUGUUCAAGAUAUUUGGUAAGUAUUCAGGUAGGUAUUUUAUUUUAUACAUGUCAAAAAGAUAUAUUGUAACAAUAUUUUCCUAUUCCAAAACCUAUGUUAAGUCCAUAAUGUCAUGUCGCGGGAACCACACCGCAUUGCACAUAAAAUAAAGAAUAAAUAGUAUUUUAAACGUGACACGCCAGCAUAGCUUGUUGUCCCUGGUGAACAUGCGCACUGCGCGGAGAUGCAUUUCUGUUUCUCGCCUGUAGUCUGACCAAACCAACCAAAACAGCUAAGCUAACUGUAGCUACUCCUGUUGUCUUUUAACCUCUUCAUCCUUUCCAUUAAUACGCAAUAAAACCAGAUAGCCGUAGAAUACUUUAUUUGCGUGAGGCAAUUAUGGCGAUUUGCCAAGUCUGCAACUUUUUAUAUUAUUUAUUUUGGUCUGUUUUUGUGGCACAGUUGGAAAACUAACGCUAGCUAGCUAACUUUUCAACCCACUGUACGAGUCCCAUCGUCUCCACCAUCACAAUUUAACUACAGGAUUUAUUACUUUUCCAGAGGACCAGCCCGUGAUUAAGUCAUUGCGAAGUCCGUUUUCGUUCGAUUCCUGAUUCCCUUUUAACUUCAGACCUCCAAGAUGUCUAUACUGGGCUUAAAAAAGAAACAACCAAAGACCUUUAAAGUCAAAGUCAUCACCAUGGAUGCUGAAAUGGAAUUCAGCUGCGAGGUCAAGUGGAAGGGGAAGGACCUGUUUGAUUUGGUGUGCAGGACGGUUGGUCUGAGAGAGACCUGGUUCUUUGGCCUCCGCUACACCGUGAAGGACACGUACGCCUGGCUGAAGCCUGAGAAGAGGGUCCUCGAUCAGGAAGUUCCCAAGGACUCACCGAUAACCUUUAGUUUCUUGGCUAAGUUCUUCCCCGAAAAAGUAGAAGAAGAAUUGGUCCAGGAGAUUACGCAGCACCUCUUCUUCCUUCAGGUGAAGAAACAGAUUUUGGAUGAAGAGAUCUUCUGCUCUCCCGAAGCCUCGGUUCUGCUGGCGUCCUACGCUGUCCAAGCCAAGUAUGGGGAUUAUGACCCAAACUUCCACAAGCCUGGGUUCUUAGCCCAAGAUGAGCUGUUGCCUCAAAGGGUUCUGAUGCAGUACCAAAUGACAGCGGAGAUGUGGGAGGAGAAGAUCACUGCAUGGUAUGCAGAGCACAGAGGUAUCGCCAGAGAUGAAGCUGAGAUGGACUACCUCAAGAUUGCCCAGGACCUUGAGAUGUACGGCAUCAGCUACUUUGCCAUAACUCAAAACAAGAGAGACACAGACCUGCUGCUGGGUGUGGACGCCCAGGGUCUCCACAUCUACAGCCCCAACAGCAAGCUCAACCCCAACAAGUCCUUCCCCUGGAGCGACAUCCGCAACAUAUCCUACAGCGAGAAGGAGUUCACUAUUAAACCCCUGGACAAGAAGAAAGAUGUGUUCAAGUUUUACUCUUCCCAGCUGCGUGUCAACAAACUGAUCCUGCAGCUGUGCAUCGGCAACCAUGACCUGUUCAUGAGGAGGAGGAAGGUGGACUCCAUCGAAGUGCAGCAGAUGAAGGCUCAGGCCAAAGAAGAGAAGGCCCGCAAGAAGGUGGAGCGGCAAAUCCUGGCCCGGGAGAAGCAGAUGAGGGAGGAGGCGGAGCGGGCCAAAGAGGAGAUGGAGAGGAGACUCUUUCAGCUCCAAGACGAAGCACGAUUGGCCAAUGAGGCACUGCUGCGGUCGGAGGAGACGGCGGACCUGCUGGCGGAGAAGGCCCAGAUAGCGGAGGAGGAGGCCAAGCUGCUGGCCCACAAGGCCGCCGACUCGGAGCAGGAGAGGCAGCGGCUGGAGGUGACGGCCAUGAAGACCAAGGAGGAGAAGAGGCUGAUGGAGCAGAAGAUGAGGGAGGCGGAGCAGCUGGCCGUCAAGCUGGUGGAGCAGUCGGAGCGGAGGUUGAAGGAAGCGGAUCACCUGAAGCAGGACCUGACUGAGGCCAAAGACGCGGAGCGCCGAGCCAAACAGAAGCUCCUGGAGAUCACCAAGACCACGUACCCGCUCAUAGCGGCCUACUCCACGCCACCUCCUCCCCCGCCACCCCCUCCCCCCGAGGCUGCGGAGGCCGGCUGCGACGCGGCAUCCAUGCGUCUGGACUUCAAGGACUCGGACAUGAAGCGGCUGUCCAUGGAGAUCGAGAGGGAGAGGCUGGAGUACAUGGAGAAGAGUAAGCACCUGCAGGACCAGCUGAAGGAGCUGAAGACGGAGAUCGAGUCUCUGAAGCUGGAGGAGCAGCAGCAGCAGCAGGCCAGCCUCUACAGCCUGCGGGGGGAUGUCCGCCAGUACGCCCAGCCCCAUUACGCUCAGCCCCACAGCAACCGGAACUCUGCCUACAUGUCUCAGAUGGCGUUCUUUGAAGAGGUGUGAUCCGCAGCCCGCCGUCUCCUCCACUGCUCUGUUUACUAUCCACACUUAUCUUUCAUUUCAUGUUUUUGCUACUUUGUGAUAUUACCUUCGAUCAUGAGACACUUUCACACAGAAGACAUGAGUGACCUGUUCCCCAUGAAGAGACUCUCCCCCCCCCCUGGACCUGCGCCGCUCCCCCUGGGCAGCCGCCUCAAGCCCAUGGCCCAUUUAGUACACUAAAGGUCUUUGUAAUGCCAGGACUACCAACGCAUGACUUCUCGGUGCGCCCCGUCCGACAGCCCAAACCCACAGUGGUGUGCGUGGAUGGAUUGAGGUUUGUUUGAAUUUGAUUUGUUUUUCUGUGUGUUUUUUUUUUACUUUUUUAAUAAGGGAUGUUAUUUGGCGAGUUUUUUUUUAUUUUUUUUUAAAUGUCACCAGAUUUUCAUUAAAGCCCUAGCAGUCCCUGGCUUUUUUUUAAAGACCCAAACCAGCUCAGGCCAGCUCGCUGAAGUCAGCAUAAACCUGUAGGACUAAAAAUGAAAUGGGUUAUCAGUCAUCAAAGCUGAACCAUGAAAACAUGUCCAUCCUGGAGAUCAGGAGACUAGUGCCUGGGCAUUCCCAAUGUCCAUCCUGGAGAUCAGGAGACUAGUGCCUGGGCAUUCCCAAUGUCCCUCCUAGAGACUAGUGCCUGGGCAUUCCCAGUGUCCCCUCCUAGAGACUAGUGGCUGGGCAUUCCCAAUGUCCCUCCUGGAGAUCAGUGCCUGGGCAUUCCCAAUGUCCCUCCUGGAGAUCAGUGCCUGGGCAUUCCCAAUGUCCCUCCUGGAGAUCAGUGCCUGGGCAUUCCCAAUGUCCCUCCUGGAGAUCAGUGCCUGGGCAUUCCCAAUGUCCCUCCUGGAGAUCAGUGGCUGGGCAUUCCCAAUGUCCCUCCUGGAGAUCAGUGCCUGGGCAUUCCCAAUGUCCCUCCUGGAGAUCAGUGGCUGGGCAUUCCCAAUGUCCCUCCUGGAGAUCAGUGCUUGGGCAUGCCUUAUGUGCUGUUUGCAGAGGACUGAGACCGGGUGCUGCCCGCUGCGUUGGGCUGAAGACCUCCUUCUGGGACUAAAUGACUUUCACCUACCUAAUCGGAAAGUUAUCUGUCCACAUGCUGCGAGAACACAGCUGGGACAUGUCAGAAAGGGAUCACAUGGUCGGUGACAUCAGAGACUGCCCCAAUCAGUAUUGGAACAUGUCCGGCCUCUUUUUGGACUUGCACCUGUUUGUAGAAAGUACACCAUGUGCCCACACCAUUUCUAGUGCCUUAUCGUGCUUUUCACGAGUUUGAUAAUUACAAGCUCUUUGCCAUUUCAAACUUUUAGCUGUGUAACUGUAGACUGUCGAUGUGAGUUUUCUGUUUCUAGUUUUUACCCACGCAUUUGUGUUACUGUGUUCCUAUUUAAAAUACUAUACCUAUGCGCUUUGGUGGUAAUAUUGGAUUUGAGGUGUUGAAGAUUGACGGCCCUGAUUAAGUUUCACUACAGAUUAAUGUUUUUGUGUGUGUGUGUGUGUGUGUGUGUGUGUGUGUGUGUGUGUGUGUGUGUGUGUGUGUGUGUGUGUGUGUGUGUUCCUCUCAGGUUUAGUAAGAUAACAGCGUUUUUAGGAUCCCUGACUUGUUCUGCCCACUGUUAACGUCUCUAUUCACCUGAGGCAGAAAAACUUUGAGUACACCCCAAGUUCUUUAUUUAAGUUAUUGCAGUUGACAUCAUCCCAUGUUGUUUUAUGAGUCCUUCAUGUGUUCCAUGAGAUAUGCAAGACUGCAGCCUUCAUCAGUCUGUUGGGUAUUGGAUCUAUGGGAAUAUGAACUAAGCAAUGUCAUGGUUUUGCUUAGUCUGUCUACGGCUUGUAUCGAUAUCAUUUUUUUUUUACUGUUUGUUUCCCCCCAUCAUUCUGUAAAGUAUUUCAUAUUUGUAUGUCGCAGAACAUAUUCUUAAAGAAAUUGAAGUGUAUAUUUCAUUACACAACAUUUUCAAACCGUCAGUUUGAAAUGGAAAACGCGUUCUUCCGCGUUUGUAUUUCUUGUGAUUGCCUCAUAACCUUUAGCAUUUGUAUUUCUAAAAUGCAGCUUUCUUGAAAACCUUGUUUCAGUUUUUUGCUACAAUAUUUCAAUACAGUUCCUUUUUAUAGUAAAAGCAAUUUCCCGAAUGGUAAUUUGAGUUUAAAACAUGACUGUAUGCCCACAUUAAUAAUAGCAGAAGCUUAUUUGGUUCCUCAAACAUAAUGUAAAUUAUAUUUGGAAAAACGUAUUUCAGAACAAAAUCGGCUGAGAUUUCUUCACUUUUGGUUCCAACCAUAGCGCUUUUCUAGACCUCAAGCUCUUUUCUAGACAUCAGGCACUUUUCUUGACCUCGCAUACCCUUUCAACGUGCACAAGUUUUUUUAUUCCGAUUUUGAUUGAACACAUAGGUUAACCAUUUAAACUGCAGAUGUGAACUGGUGAAAUUGGGUUGGAAAUAUGACAUAACAUCAAGUAGCUUUGUCUAAUGGGGUCCGUUGACCCUCAACCACCCUUUAAACACUGGCCUGCAUUAAUGAGCCCUCUGAGGCCGCCCUGAGAUUGGAGCACGCUAGUCUCGGCCUUCUGUUGACCCUUAUUAAACUUGAAUACACCCUUUGCUCCUUUCCCUACCAGGAGCAGACUCAUUCCUAUAGGGUUCUGAGCCUGUGUUCCUACUAGCCACUGUAAUAAGAGCAGACUCAUUCCUAGGGUUCUGAGCCUGUGUUGUUCCUACUAAAAGAGCAGACUCGUUCCUAGGGUUCUGAGCCUGUGUUGUUCCGACUGGUCCCUCUAAAAGGGGCGUGGUCGGAGAUCACCUGGUGGAUGCUCACCAACUGCCGUCGCUUGUCGGGUAUCACUAAAUCAACACUUGGAGCGACUGCACAACGAAUAAAGAUCGGGAAAGUCUCAACGUGAAAACUAUCUAAAUGGGGAUGCUGUUGAUUUUCAUGGCCCUUGAGUCACUGGGUCCAGCCUAAGUUCUCUCGUAUCCUUUGUGUCGGCAGGCCUUUGGUUUGUCACAAAGCAGCCGUCAUGUAUGAUCAUCUUCCCAGCAAGGAGUCUGGGGCCUUCAAUAUCUUGAAAAAAUGAAACUCCUCAGUCUUGCGAACCGAAAGUGGCUCAUAAACAACUGAGUUUUUGGUACUUGAAUGCAAUCGAAUAAUACUUGCUUUAUGAACUGGAACCUCCAUGGAGGGAACAGAGACUCGUGUUGCGAACGUCCUCUUAGUCAUUUGGGGAGAGCAGAUACGGUCACUUCUGCCUGUUUUCUUCUUAUCAGUCCCCUUUCUACAAGCUGCAGGGCAGCCAAUGUGCUGCUUUAUAUUAAUCUCCAGGGAUGAACAUUGCCUUUUUUCCACUUGAGGUGGAAGCCUAAUGAGUUGGAACCUAACGAGUAUGCCUCGGCUGCGCUUGCGUUGAUUGCGGACGAUCACAGCAGCCUAGGCACCGGGAGAGAUCUGUCAUGAAUGCCCUUAAACAACUUUCAAGAACUUAAUUCUGGAACAAAUUAUAAGUGAUAUCAAAAGCAAGUGUAAUUUGGUUGGCUUCACUUGGUCCGCAUGG